AUGGGUCAACAUGCUGCGCUCAGUCUCACAUCUCAGCUCGAAGCUGCACCGAACGGCAACUCGAUGGCGGCGAGCACAGUUCCGCAGGACUUGGCGCAGCCCGACCAAGGCUCUUGGGAGCAGCCAUCGAGCAUCAGCCGGGUCAGAGUUCGUCGUGUCUUGCGUCUCAGACCGACACCUAUCCAACCUGCAUCGCAGAUCAGUCAGCCUCGCUCACUUCGGACGAGCAUUCAGUCUAGGUUGGAGUACUCGGACGAUCCUGUGCAAGGUCUUGGAGCUGGACAACAUUCUGGUCUGUGGGCUAGAUUGGGUGCUCCGCCUUGCGAAUUUGUCAUGGAUGAGGAGCCUGGUGCAUCUGAGGAUGCAGAUGCGGAGGAAGAUCAAGUCGACCCGGCGCAUGACAGCCUGUUCCGCUUGCAACGUCCAAGAGAAGCGGCACACAAGCGAUGGUAUGACGCAGACAAGGAUCAGAGGGAUGUUUGCAGCCUUGUCGAGAACCACACCGUCAAUCUCAAGGUGCGAUUGCGGUUCCAAAGCGCGCAUUCUGCGGCGACAUCCUCAAACAGCACUUCAAGUGCGGAGAAUGGUUCUCGAAGGCGAACGCCCUCCUCUUCCUCAAGACCAAACUCGGCACAUUCGCAUGCGCUUUAUUUUGUUAGUGCGGAAAGCUCUUCCCAACUACUGCGCGUGCUCAACGCUGCCGACAACAAGUUGCAAAGUCGACCUGGCGGACUGACACGACCAGGCUGGACUGUCGUGCCGCAAGACGAAUUUCAACAGGAGCGAGAUCAAGACUUUGACGUCGAGUGGACACCAGAGCAGUUCGGCAAGACAGGCAAGAGAGCCUGCUGCUUCGUCGAGGUGAACGAGCGGAAUAGCAGCUCGCGCAUCUUGGCAGGAUUUGCUUUUUAUGUCGAUCCUCUUGUUCCCGCGACUUCUGGCAUUGCACCGACUCCGAGCCGGUCUGCAGCUACGUCGCCCGCUUCCGCGUCACGAAGCUUGCCGCACGAUUCCGAUGAUCGCCGUCUCACGAUCUGCAAGCCGGAAAGUGAUCCUGUUCCAUUUCCGAGCAGUGAUCCGGCUCCCUCCGGUGCUACCUCGAAGGCUCUUAUGGUGGACCAUACCGAAAUCACCGUGGCUGACUGUCUCGAGGCCGAUUCGCCUUUGUUCAGAGCUGCGGUACAGAACCUAAGUCGACGGACUGCCGCGCUCAAGAAGCAGGCCAAGGCGGUCCUGCGCGCCACGGCUGACGUGCAGGCGCACGCCAGCGCAUCCCGUGCGGCCCAUGGGGCUCUGGAUGAUGCGCUACAGGAUCUGUCCAUAAGCCAGCCCAACACACUCGGAAAGCUGUUGCAGCUCGCACUCACCCAAGCACGAACGCGAGCCAGGGCGCAGGACGAGAGCGAAUCUAGCAUGCUAGAUAACUGCGUUACUGGCCCGGUGAGAAACCUGCUGGAGCUUUGUCGGACCGCACAAGAGCACAUCAAACUCUUCGAAGCGGACAGCAGAGCGUAUUACAACCACACGCAGAAAUGGCUCUCUACCAAGACCAUUUCGGCCGGCGCAAUGUCUGCAGAUGUCGAUGCGGAUGUGAGCUACGCUUCGAAUGCUGUGGGCUACGACAAGGGUCAAGCGAAGCAGGACAAAAAGGACGAGCUGCAAAGACUCAGACAACUCAAGUUCGAUAGAGCCAGAGUGGAGCUUUAUAGGGUACAUGCUGCGCUGCAUGGAGGUGCUGCAGAACUCGAGUCUGCCCAACAGAUACUGUUCCUGUGCAGGUGGCACGCCGAUACUGCGCCAACUAGCACGACUCAGACCCACUGGCCAGCUCCUGCGCUCUAUUCGGCGCUGGAAAAGUUCGGAGACGAAGCAUUAGCUGCUGCUCAGCAAGCCAAGGCGAAGGAUGUAGAGGCACGAAAGGCACUCGAUGUGCUCGACGCUCAAAUCAUCGAGCUGGACGAGACUUUCGCUGGCGCAACACAGGCUCCGGGAGAUGCUACCGAUCCAAGCACUACUCUGAGCUCUGUGGAAAACAGCAAGAACGCAGCGUCGGCGAAGUUCAAGAGCCUUUUGAGCAGCUUUGGGGCCAUCGGCUCUACGGGUCUGAAUGCGGGCUCUGCUGGUAGGAACGCGGCGCCAGCUGAUCAAGAACAUGUCGAGGCGAUCGUGGACACGCCCAUCGUGACCCAGACGUCGGACACAGGCACAUCCCUGUCAUCGACAACUGCGCAGCCACCUGCACCGGGGCCCGCAUCUGCGAGCACGUCUGCCACGAAUGCGAUCGGGUUGAUGCGCCAAAAGGUAUCACAGAGGUUCGUCAAUGCGGGACCUGCUACCACUGCUAUCACGGGUCCGGUAAUGGGCGCCUUUCAGCGCUUCCGAGGUACGGCAAGUGGCACUGCCAAUGUAGACGAGCACCUGACGAGCCCGCAAGAACUCUCCAUGUCACUUCCCUCUGCGACGCCAAAGCAUUACAGCACGAGCGGGGCCACCACUGCUCCCGCCGCACCUUCUGUGACUGCUGUCAGUCCGUUUGCCGUCGAUGCUAGUCCCAUAGGACUCGGUACACCCCGAGGCGUCAAUCGAAAUACGCCUCGACGAGCCCUGAGUCAGUCCAACACUCCUAGCCCAUUUGCCAGCAAACAAGGCUUGCUCGAUUUCAGACAAAGACUGGUAUCGGCUACCUCGCCUGGUCAAAAUGCGAGCGUGCGGACAACGCAGAGAGGCAGUCCGUCUAUGAAUCGGUCGUCGUCCGAGUCUACGCACACCGGACGCGGACUUGGAACGCUUGCGGGCGCAGGAAGGAGCACUUCUUCCUCGUCUGGACUGGGAAUCGGAGGGCUUGUGAUGGAGGACCAGGAUGUCCGCCAAAUGUCAAUGUCGUCAUUGAUCAGCGCUGCUCCUCGCUUUGGACCGUCUGAUGGCCUUCUAGCUCAAUCUUCGAGGCGGAAGAAGGAAGGCUUGCUUUGGGUCCACAGUAGACCUAUCAACAGCACGAGCGCUUCGGAUGCUCCGAGAGGCGUCAAUCGUUCAACGCAUUGGCGCGAAGCGUGGGUCGUCCUCAGCGGCUCUGGUCACCUCGGAGAGUAUGCGGCGUGGCGUGAAAAGAAGGUCUUGGAGCCUAGUCAGCCCAUGAUCGAUCUUCGAUUUGCCACAGUGCGGGAAGCUAGAGGCGUGGAGAGAAGGUUCACGUUCGAGGUGAUCACGCGCGACCAGCGCAGGUUCUUCCAAGCUCCUGAUGAUGCGGCAAUGAAGAGCUGGAUCGCGGCUAUCCGCAUAGCGAUCGAGAGCUUAAUCAAUGGGACCAGCAGCGUGCGCCAGAUCGACAAGGUCGCUAGGUCAGCAGAAAUUACUGAAGCUCUCGAGUCUGUCUCUGGCCCGGACGACUUUGGACUGGCGGCCCUCAGACCCCUCGGUCCUCCAGAUACCGGCAAUGCACUUGCCAGUCAGAGCAAGGCUUUUAGUCAGAGCUUGACGGAUUUGAGCAACAUAGCUACCAAUCGUCUGUUCAAUAGGCAGUCGGACAGCUUGCAAAGACAAAUGGCACCGGCGUCAAGUUCUCGCCAUAGCUUGGUCUCACCUCAAUCUCCGUCAAGCCCAUACCUGUCUGUCUUGAUGGAAGGCUCGCGCAGUGGUAUGCCCACGACUCCCACUCGACCUUCGCACGAGCGUGGCAUCUCCAACAAGACGCCUGUCUCGGGCUAUGUUGGCACGCACGAUGCGGGCGUCGAAAACAUCACCAUCACGUCUCCUUUGCAGACGGCGGCGGCGGCGGCUUCGCGUCAGCCUUUGCUGCGUCGCCAACCGACCGACUCGAGCGAUGCGGGCGUUCCGCCUUGGAUGGCGGACAAUGAGUUUGAUGCGCGUAUCGCUGAGCUUGUGCAAGGCUCCUAUGGCGAUAGUACCACGGACCUGUCCACUAUUCAGGUUGGACCCGCGCCUAUGAUGGCUGGCAGCAGCACGAGCAGCGGUGCGAGCGCUUCGACUUCGACAAGCCAAGCGAGAAGAAUGAGCCAGGUUUCCAACCAUCGAAGAGCUUCCACAGAGCUCCAGUCUCCAUCUAAAAGGCUGUAUAGACCUCACCUAUCGACGGACAUGAGCGGUGCUAAGCUGCCCAGCUCGAGCGCGCAAGAAGCUGCUGCGACGACGACGGGCAAUGUGCGUAAAAGAGUGGAACGCAUCAAUUCUGGUCAGUCUCAAUCCAAAGUUUCGCGCGCGGCGGAAAUCGCUCGAAUUUCGAGGUUGCCAGAAAACUCCGCGUGUGCAGACUGCAGGCUGCCAGGUGAGUCUUGCUUGGAAUGCAGCCGGCCGUAGGCGGAGAUGCUUUUACGCGUCAUGUUGACCCAGCGACUUGCUAAACCUCCUCGCAGAUCCUCGAUGGGCAUCUUGGGCUCUGAACGGUCAGCCUUGCUGCAUCUUCAUCUGCAUCAGUUGUUCGGGCGUGCACAGGAGCCUUGGCGUGCACGUGAGCAAGGUCAAAAGCGUGGAUUUGGACGACUGGACCGAGGAGCAACUGGAUGCGGCGCGCGAAUGGGGCAAUGCGCGCGCUAACUCGUAUUAUGAAGCGAGUCGACCUGCUAGCGUUGUGAACCCUCUAAGCACCACGGCUCGCGCAGACAAGACUUUUUGGAAGGAAAAGUACGUCGAGAAGAGGUGGGCUGCGCUUGGACCGCGCGAACAAUUCCUUCGAGCCUCUUCCUCGUCCGAAGGCUCUGAUCCCAACGCUGCGAGUCCGAGCAGGGAGAUUCGAAGCCCAAAGCGAACGUCUACGUCGUACCCCAUAAGAUCCUCCUCGCACGUCCAGACGCUCAGCUACACUUCGGGACUCCCUCCGUCGGACGACAGAAGCGCAUUCUCGCAGGACUCGCCUCUGAACAGCAAUGGCAUGACUGGCAUCCAGCUGGCAUCGACCCCUCGUCCUUCUAUACCGUCCAGAAGCCCAACCGUCCAGCGAGGCAUCGCCAAUCAUAGUGUCGGGAACCAGCCGUCAGCUCAUUCAAUCACCGCAUCGCCCAAGAGGCUGGAACGUACAGCUGCUAUCACCGCUGCUGGAUGGAGCUUCACACCAGAGACGACCCCGUCUCGAGAUCUCUCUAAUGGCACGAACAAGUCGACAGCUCUUGCGCACAUGGACGCUGCACCAGAAACGCCUACGCGUUCUCACAGCCGUAGUCAAUCUUCGUCUCAUCGAUCGCCCCAAACUCCUUUGGCGUUGGCGCGUUGA